GAUGUGGAUGAGAGGAAGUGACCGCGCCUUGAACUGGGGGAAACGGGAGGAUUCAAACUGGAGGUGAGCUACGCGGCUACGCCCCAACAGGCGGCUCAGUUUAUGCGUGGAAUGACUCAUGAUAAUCCUAAGACUUCCUCUGAGUGCUUCAAAACUGAAAAUUUAUUCCAUCUGUUUAAACAAACAUUACCAGUUCCAAACAAUCUUUAAACAUCAACACCGACGCUACUACAGUUCCAAAUCUCUCUCUGCAUACCCUGAUAUAUUGAUGGGGAAAGACCCAACUGCAAUUGCCACUGCUCUUUCCCUCUCCGAGAGAUCGAAUUCAUAUUUUCUGGGUACCCAAAUUCAUGGACAUGUCAUCAAGUUAGGGCUCACUAAUGACCUCUUUUCGCUGAAUAAUCUAAUCAAAAUGUAUUCAAAACUUGGGGUAUUGAGUUAUGGGCUCAAUUUGUUUGCUGAAAUGUUAGAAAGAAAUAUUGUUUCUUGGACUUUGAUUAUCUCAGGUGCCAUUCAAAAUUGUGAAUUUGAUUUGGGUUUGGAGGUUUAUUUGGACAUGGUGAGAAGUGGGUUUAGACCGAACGAGUUCACUUUCGGCAGUGUUAUGAAAGCAUGCACUAUCGUGGGAGCUUAUGAGUUUGGUUUCUGUAUUCAUUGUUUUGUUUUGAAAAUUGGAAUGGAGCAGAACAACUUCGUUGCUAGUUCUAUUUUAAAUAUGUAUGCUAAGUUGGGGGAUAUUGAAUCUUCUGAGAGUGUAUUUGAGCGUAUGGACAAUCUUGAUGUUGGUUGUUGGAAUGCUAUGAUUGGGGGUUAUGCACAAUGCGGCCAUGGUUUUGAGGCCUUGAAGAUUGUAUCUUCAAUGCAAUGUAUGGGUGUAAGAAUGGACCAGUUCACCUGGGUUAAUGCUUUUAAAGGGUGCUUGAUUAUGGGAAAUCUGGAAUAUGGUAAACAGCUUCAUGGAUUGAUCAUCAGGAGUGAGAUGCUAUUUAGCUCAUCAGUGGCGAAUGCUCUCAUGGAUUUGUAUUUCAAGAAUGAUAAAAAUGACUCAGCUCUAAAAGUUUUCAAUGGCAUGCAAAACAAAGACGUCAUAUCAUGGAAUACUGUAUUUGGCGGCUUCACUCUGGAAGGGGAUGCAAGAGAAAUUGCAAUACUAUUUUACGAGUUCAUGCUGACGGGAAUGAAGCCCAGCCAUAUCACAUUCAUAGUACUGUUUAGAAAGUGUGGGGAGCUAAUGAAUCUCAAUCUUGGGAUUCAAUUUUUUUCACUUGCCCUACGUUUUGGGUUUUUUGAUGACGAUAAUAUCACAAGCUCUGCAAUCAAUAUGUUCUCUAGAUGUGGGGCAAUGGAGAUGGCACGUUUAGUGUUUGACAGCAUACUCCUCAGAAACAUUAUUUCUUGGAACGAGUUGAUUUUGGGAUAUAAUGUAGCAAGUAGAUACAUGGAAGCCCUAAAGGUUUUCUGUAAUUUAUGGGAGUUGGGAGUUAAAGCAGAUGAAUGCACCUUCUCCAGCAUUUUGGAGGCUUCUUGCAAAUGUGGAAAUCAACAGAUGGGGAUAGAAAUUCAUGGUGCUAUUGUUAAGUCCGGCUUCUCUUCUCAUGGUUAUGUCCGCAGUUCAUUAAUUAAAGCUUAUAUUACAUUUGGCCUACUUGAUGAUUCCUUUGAAUUUCUUAAUGGGCUUGACAGACUUGAUUUGGCAUCUUGGGGGGUCAUGAUAUCUGCAUUGGUACAUCAAGGUCAUAAUUAUGAAGCUAUCAGGUUAUUCAACUCUCUAAUAAAAACAGGCGAGAAGCCUGCUGAGCAGAUUUUUGGUAGCAUUUUGAAUAGCUAUGCUGAUGUUGCAGCUUAUUACCAAACUAAGUCUGUCCAUUCACAUGUUAUAAAAAUGGCAUUUGACAAAGAUGUGUUUGUUUCUAGUGCACUUAUAGAUGCUUAUGCAAAAUGCGGGGACAUUGCAAGCUCAAGGAUGGCUUUCAAUCAGUCAUUUGUAUCUGAUGACGUGAUUAUUUAUAAUACUAUGAUCAUGGCUUAUGCCAAUCAUGGUCUUAUUGUGGAAGCCCUGGAAAUCUUUAAGAAAAUGAAGUUGGCAAAUCUACAGCCCAGCCAAGCCACAUUUGUGGCAGUUAUAUCAGCUUGUAGUCAUAUGGGUCUUGUUGAUCAAGGCUGUCUUCUGUUUGAAUCGAUUAACUUACAUUAUGAUAUGGAACCAUCUCCUGAUAACUAUGGUUGCUUAGUUGAUAUGUUGUCACGAAAUGGAUAUCUUGAUGUUGCUAAAAGUAUAAUAGAAGUGAUGCCUUUUCCUCCCUGGCCGGCUAUUUGGAGAUCCUUGCUUAGUGGUUGUAGGAUACAUGGGAACAGAGAGAUAGGACAAUGGGCAGCUGAGAAAUUACUCAAGAUGGUCCCUGAGAAUGAUGCGGCUUAUGUACUGUUAGCGAAGGUUUAUUCUGAAGGGGGCAGUUGGGAAGAUGCUGCAAAGGUGAGGAGGGGGAUGAUCAGAAGAGGUGUUUCAAAAGACCCAGGAUAUAGUUGGAUUGUGAUAUAGCAAAAGCUUUAUCCCCCAGAAGUUGUCAACAGCUCUCAGGCUCUCAGUUGGCUUCUUGGAUGCUGAAGCCCAACUUGUUGCAUGCGUCUAUCUCUAAGCUACAAGCCUCAAUGUCGGGCAAAGCUUAAUGGUUCAGACUACAACCAGCAAGUCAUCAUGUGACAUCUUUAAGUCUUCGCUGCUUCUGGUUGGAGCCUUUCACUUAUACUGGCGCCGCAACCUGCCAUCACUUCUUCAUACUCAGCUUAGCAGCUACUUACGUUUUCAAAGAGCAUCAACAUAAUUCAAACUGGCGUCUUAGAUUGUUCUGACUGGAGGCAUAUGAAUGAAAUUGGGGUGCCGCGCUCUUCUGCAAAAACGAAAAGAAAAGAAAAAUAAAAUAAAAGAUUGCUUCUACUAGAGAAAAAAAUGAGGAUAUCCGCUGGACGCUGCAUGUAUCAAGCUUCCUUCUUGCUCGAUAUAAUUAUUUUGUUCCUCCUUUGCGUCCUUUUUCUUGUUUCUUUUAUGUGAAUUCAUUAUGUCUUUAUGCAAAUCAACGCAACCUGUUCAGGAUCAUUGCGUUUUCACUCAGUCCUCAUUGCCUUCACUUGAUUUCUGCACAAGCUUUUAGUCGAUUUCUCGACGAGAGAGAUUC